AGGGCUUGUAUAUUUCUAUUUAUAACCGGAAGCUGAGGUGUUCACAAUUUUACCGAUAAUUUCGACACCUCGUGUAUGUAUAAUUUUUCCAAAGAUGUGACUGUCACCUGGACAACAAGUUAGAGGUUCUAAGACAACCAAGUAGCGACGUUUUAUGUCGUGUUUUACACGUUGUAUACGCGAGUUUGAGUCUUGGAAGUUUAAACGUGUCAAUACUUCGUCGACUGUUCGUUCGCCGUUAACUGUGCACUGCAACGACGGACGAGUGAAGUGAGCAGAGUCAACCACAAGGUGAAAGUGAAUGAAUUUAAAAAUGGCGGAAAGCACGUUUUUGCAAGUGUUGAUACGUGUGUUAUUAUCUACAUCAAUGCUGCAAUUAGUUUUUGCACAACAAUCGUUCAGAGCGCCACUACCCACUGACACCCCGGCUACGGUAAAUGCGGUAGUAACGUUUGAAUGUACAGUGGACAACAAAGCCGGGAUUUUGACUUGGAGCAAAGGAGGUGUCGAAAUAAGUAGUGACGCCGCCAUCACCAACGGAAACAGUCGCUUAGCGAUAACUGGUAACCAUCAGUCAGGAGAAUACAACUUACAGAUUUCAUCUAUUGUUAAUGGCGACGCAGGCACGUAUGACUGUGCAGUGAGUGCUAAUGGUGCCAUUGCAGCGAUUGGUCCGGUUAGUGCUGUAUUGUCAGUUGGACCACCUCAAGCUUUCCUAACACAACCUUCUGACGUUGACGCCACUGUUGGAGAUACGUUGACACUAACCUGUUCCGUAAGCGAUAAAGUAGACCAGUUAGUCUGGGUCAAAGAUGGCGCCGUGCUGUCACGUGAUUAUACGAGACUGACAUCAGACACACGGAUCAGUGUAGUUGACGGAGGGAAUUCGGGAACAGUGUUCAAUUUACAGAUAAUAACGGCUGUGGUAGAGGACAGUGGGUCGUAUCAGUGUACGGUCAGCGGCACAACCACUGGUCACCCGGAUUUAGAUUCAACUACAGCCACUGUCACAGUAAACGCGUUUCAGGCAUUUGUCAACCAGCCAUCUGACACCAUAGUCUUUUCUGGCAAGAGUGCUGUUCUGCGGUGUGAAGUCAGUGACCUUGUAGGUGAAGUCACUUGGUACAAAGAUAACGUAAAGAUCAGCGACGGGACGAAUGUUCUCUUGGCUGGUUCGAGAAUUACCAUAGAGGGAGACACAUCGCAAGGAGAAUACAACCUGAAGAUAGUCUUAGCCAGUGAAGACGACGAGGGGGGUUAUCACUGUCAGGUGUCGGCGGUUGGUAAUAACGAUAGACUGUUUUCAACAGUUGGUCGACUUAGUGUGAAUUCUGAAGGUCAAAUUUUAACUGUGGUGCCAGAUGACGAAACUGUGCGAGUCAGUGAGACAACUACAAUGAACUGUGCAGUCGCAAAUAAACAACAAAAUGUUAUCUGGUUAAAAGGAGGUGACAUCGUCAGCACGGAUACUGUCGUUUCAGAUUCAUAUAAUGAAAGGUUCUCCAUCACAGGAGACCAGACUGAGGGAGAAUACAAUCUCCGAAUAACGAAUAUUGAGAUGGAAGAUGGAGGGGGAUAUUAUUGUGGAUUCGGCGGCACCCUCUCAUCAUUGGCUACAUUGACAGUAUUAGCUGCUGACCCACCGGCAAGUGGCAACCCACAGUGUUUUCCGCCACAAGGAGAGUUGGUCGAAGAUGACAAUGUCACGUUAAUAUGUUCAAGUCAAGGCGGUAACCCACCGGCUACGUUGACCUGGAGUCGAUCUGGGGUCGAUUUGGAGGGUGUUGUUAUGCAGUCAGCUUACGGUAUAAGGAUGGGACUGCCGCUUCAUUUGAUGCCUGAUUUGCAAGGAGCUGUGUUUAUCUGUACCUCGAAUCACGUGACACACACGGAAAUUCAUGCAUGUAGUGUUGGACCUCUUGAAAUUCAAUUGAUACCACGCAUUACUAUUGAUGUAAGUCCAAGUGUGAUGGAAAUACAAGAAGGCGCCCAAGGCCACUUUACGUGCAACGCAACUGGCAACCCACCGGUGACUAGCUACUCGUGGUCGUAUGAGGGCAGCACAAUCAACUCGACUGACAGGAGAUUUCAAUUUGAGGAAGACAAAACCGUACUUCGCUUGCUCAGCGCUGAGAAAAACAUGGACGAUGCGAAAGUUUGGUGCGUGGCAACGAGUGACGCAGACACACAGAAAGCGACUGCUAGUAUAAAAAUCCAAGGUUUUGUACAAGACGAGGAAGACACCUUAACGUUCAAAAUAUUAGCAGCGGUUGUUGCUCUGGUUGCUGGUAUCAUAAUCGCCGGUGUAGUCAUAGCAGCCAUUGUAUACUGCGUCUGGAAAAAACGCACCGAAGAUGAUGAUGAUGAUGAUGAUGACGACGAUGAAAACAUCAUAGUACACAAGGAUCGUGCCGUUAUUUCACACAUGGUGGGCCCAUCAAACACAGCUAAAUCAGGUGGGAUCGUUACCAAAGCUAACUUUUUUGCCAGCGGAUCGAAACCUAAAGGUCUCCCUCCUUUGAAGAACGGCUACCCGGGAGCACCAGGCGAUAACGAUUAUUACGAGGUAGUCUACGAAAAGCACGGCAAACGACGACGACGAAAGAAGAAAUCUAGACGAAAUGUCGUUGACCCUAGUGAUAACGACAGCAAACCAUAUUCCCAUGACAACAAAAGGGAUAAAGCACAUAACAAUCAUGUAGACAGCAAACGUCGUUCAGACCAUAAGGAUGAUGACGAAAGACGUCCAAGGUCUUCAAAGCGUCGUCAUGACGAUUCGCGCAGAUCAGAUAGAGGUUCCAAGUCUCAUUCUCGCCGCGAUGACGUUGAGAUGAGGGAGGUAGACGGGGAUGAAGAGAGGCCAAGACGAAAGGACAGACGAAGUAGAUCAGAACCGCGGCCGUCUUCCAGGUACGACGACAGGUAUGACGGCGAAUACCGUGCAAAGUCUCAGGAGAGGUCGCAUCGAAGAGACAAAGAUAGGUCUCGGUACAGAGAGAGGGACAGGUCGCGUGAUCGUGAGGAUAGUGACAGGCAGAGGAGACGUCAUCGAAAACAACGGAGAUCCAGUGGGGACGAACUCAUUUAUCAAUACCGGAAAACUCUAGAAGAAAUAUCGGAUUAAAUGCACGAAGAAAUCUUCUGCUUAGAUCAACUUCGUGAUUGGAUGGUUCGUCUGUGAAACCAUCGGAUAUGAUGCAAAUAAACAAAGACUUACAGUAUUUUAUUUCUGUUUUUCAUAUCACUACUAUAACAAAUUAUUUAAAUGUGUCGAUUUAUAGAAAUCGUUGAAAGCUAAAUAUCUAUAAUUGUUCUUAUCUUCUACAUAAAACAUUUUUUCUCUAAGCUUGAUUUGAAAUUAUUUUUAUAAUAUGGGGCAGCGAGAUUAGAUAUACUAGUAUUGUAAAUUAUAGUACCCCUUAAGGUAAUGGUUAUUUACAAGAAUAGUACCCCCUAGAGUCAGUGUUAUCAAUUAUAAUUCGUAAAAAGUCAGUCAUCUCAUCUGGCCAAGUUGGUUAAGUUGAAAAAUAGGUCCUCUAUGUUGUACACAAGACACAGUCCCUAAAUUUACUCAAAACAGAAAAGGUCGUCGAGUGUAAGUCAACCAGAUAGAUUACCUGACUGUGUGUACUUACAAUAUACGUCCUCAAUGCUAAGUCGAAAUUGGCAGCUGGCUUCUGUAAUUACCCCGGGUAAUAUCUUAAUACCGAAAGUGCAUUCCUAUUGUAUGUUUUUAUAUGUGUUAUAUUUGAGCACUGGAUGUUUAAUGAAUGAUAGCAUGCCAUUCAUUUUGACACACACCUUAUUAACCCGUGUAAAUUAGUUGUAUGAUCAUUAGUAAUUUAAGUUUUGAAAAUGGUUGUUAGACAAAAGUAUACGGGAAUAUCACAAAUAUGAAUUAAUAGUGAAGAUAAAUAUUCAUAAAUAUCGUAUACAUUUAUAAUACGGUCGUUUGUGUGUUUGUAUAUUAUGAACUAAAUAUGCCAUCAUCAAAGACGGCGUUUUCAGUUACAGCAA